AUGUUAGAGCAAUUGCUGAUCUUCACUAGAGGAGGGUUAAUCUUAUGGACUUGUAAAGAGCUUGGGAACGCUCUUAAAGGUUCUCCGAUUGAUACCCUGAUUAGGUCAUGUCUAUUGGAGGAGCGAUCUGGAUUGGCAUCGUUCAAUUAUGAUGCUCCUGGUGCUGCAUACACCCUCAAAUGGACCUUCCAUAAUGAGCUUGGCCUGGUUUUUGUUGCUGUGUAUCAGCGGAUACUUCAUCUGCUUUAUGUGGAUGAUUUGCUUGCCAUGAUGAAGCAGUCUUUUUCAGAGAUUUAUGAUCCGAAGAGAACGGUGUAUAAUGAUUUUGAUGAAACGUUUAGGCAGAUUAGGAUGGAGGCGGAAGCCCGGGCUGAGGAGUUAAAGAGAUCAAAGCAAGUGGGUAAGCCUGUUAACAAUGUUAAGAAGCAAGGAGGGAAGGUCCAGAAGGUUGGAUUUGAAGGAGGAAACAAGAAGAGUGAAAAUGGCUUGGCAAAUGGUGAUGGAGAUGCUGAUCAUGUCAAAGGACGUAAGUUGGGGAAUGGACUCUCCAAUGGUAACCACGUUGACACUGAAGAGUUUAGGGUAGCAGGUGAUGUUAAGGGUAAAGAAAAUACGAGCUCUAACAUAGGGGCUUUUGAUGUAAGUAAGUUACAGAAAUUAAAGAGUAAAGGUGGUAAGAAAACUGAUACUGCUGUUGUUAGCAAGGGUUCAAAACCGGACCCUAAGAAAAAAAUAACAAAAAAGAAUAGAGUUUGGGAUGAAUCGCCUCCAGAGUCCAAAUUGGACUUUACUGAUCCUGUUGAUGGAAAUGGCAAUAUUGAGGUUGAGGUAGCUGAUCACGGCGAAAGUAUGAUGGACAAAGAAGAGAUUGUCAGCAGUGACAGUGAAUCUGAAGAAGACGAGGAAGUGGAAAAGAGCGGCGACAAGCCUGAUGCUAAGAAGAAGGGCUGGUUUUCAUCUAUGUUCCAGAGUAUUGCUGGAAAGGCAAACUUGGAGAAGGCAGACUUGGAACCAGCUCUCAAAGCUCUCAAGGAUAGGCUCAUGACCAAGAAUGUGGCUGAGGAGAUUGCUGAGAAACUGUGUGAAUCAGUAGCAGCAAGUCUUGAAGGUAAAAAGCUGGCAUCUUUUACAAGGAUCUCUUCAACGGUUCAGGCUGCAAUGGAAGAGGCCCUUGUUCGUAUUUUAACUCCAAGGCGCUCCAUUGACAUAUUGAGAGAUGUUCAUGCUGCCAAGGAACAACGAAAGCCUUAUGUAGUUGUUUUUGUCGGUGUUAAUGGAGUUGGAAAAUCUACCAACCUGGCCAAGGUUGCUUACUGGCUUCUCCAGCAUCAGGUCAACGUUAUGAUGGCUGCCUGUGACACUUUUCGGUCAGGAGCUGUUGAACAAUUGCGCACUCAUGCACGCAGACUCCAGAUCCCUAUAUUUGAGAAGGGCUAUGAAAAAGAUCCUGCCAUUGUUGCGAAGGAAGCUAUCCAAGAGGCCACUCGCAAUGGCUCUGAUGUUGUUCUUGUUGAUACAGCUGGUCGGAUGCAGGAUAAUGAACCACUAAUGAGGGCUCUCUCAAAGCUUAUCAAUCUCAACAGUCCUGACCUUGUCCUGUUUGUUGGAGAGGCUCUUGUGGGAAAUGAUGCUGUUGAUCAACUGUCAAAGUUCAAUCAGAAAUUGGCUGACCUGUCGACUUCUCCUAAUCCCAGACUGAUAGAUGGGAUAUUGCUCACUAAAUUUGAUACAAUUGAUGAUAAGGUAGGAGCUGCAUUAUCGAUGGUGUAUGUUUCUGGAGCACCAGUGAUGUUUGUCGGCUGUGGACAGUCAUACACCGAUUUGAAGAAGCUGAAUGUCAAGUCCAUCGUGAAAACGCUGCUGAAAUGAUACUGUCUCAACCCUGUUAUGUGUGCUACAAUGUUGUGAACUGUUUAUUGCUAUGACCUUGUUACUUUUGUUGGAGGCAAGUCAGUCCCUUGCGGCUGUAAUAAGUUAAUAUUAAUUUUAACCUUUUUUUCCUUUUUUAUCUUCAUACUGGAGCCUUGUUUUCAUGUAUGUGAGUCCUGUGUAGAUUUGGUUAA